AUGUGUAAACUCUUCGUUUGCUUACUAACUUUGAGCUUUCUCUUGCUCUCUGGACUAUCAAACACAGCAUUGGCUCGAGUACAAUAUGAAUCUUCAAAUCCAAAAAUAGGAAACAGGGUUUGGGAUCAGAAGAAGAUCUUCAACUCUAUGAAGGUUCGUGUACGUCCCAGUGCAUCAUCUCGUGGACCUGGCCAAACCAAUUAGUUCUGG